AGGUCUGUGAUUGUGGGUGGAUGGGAGAUGUGCGCCAAACACGAGAUGGUCAACGAGAUGGUCUCGCGCUUGAACUGUGGCGAACAUCUGUCGGAAGUGAAGAUGCCAGGUUGUCUCAUCGGGAAGACGGGGAUAGCGCAAGUCGCUACCGCGAUCCAGUCCAACCCUCACGUGCGCUACGUUGAUCUGUCGAGCAAUGGGCUGAAUGAGUAUGGCGCCACUCAAAUCUCACAGUUCCUCCGGGUCACCAACAGCCUCCGCUCUCUUUCGUUGGACGAUAACUCUAUCAAGACUGCUGGCGCCGAGGAGCUCAGCAAAGCGAUCGAAACUAACAGCAACCUGCACAUCCUGCACCUGAGCUGCAACAGGAUCGAAGAUGCUGGUUGUAGGAUGAUUGCGCUUGCCCUGCGCAACAACAACUCCAUCCAUUCACUGUAUCUGGACAACAACAAUGCUGGGGACGAGUUCGGGAAGGAUAUGGGCGUCACUCUGACGAUGAACAGCACACUGAGGUUCCUCGACUUGUCGGACAACGACAUCAAAGCGACCGGCGCCAUGGCACUUGCCAAGGCUCUUCAAAACAACUCGGUGGUGACGUCGAUGAACAUCAGCAGAAACAACAUUGCAAACGAGGGUGCGACGGAGAUCGCGCGCAUGCUGCUGACCAACACGAGCUUGCAGCAGCUGCGCAUGUCGUGGAACACUAUCAAUGAUGGCGGAGCCCAUGAGCUUGCGAAAGUGCUUUCAGAGAACAGCACUCUCAGGCUGUUUGACAUCGCGGACAACCGGGUCAGCAGCGUAGGAGCUACAGAGCUCGCCAAGGCGCUGCGGGUAAACAACUCGAUCACAGCCUUGCACCUGUCGGGGAACGGCAUCGCAGGUCCUGGAGCGCAAGAGGUUGCGGCCGCGUUGCAUGUGAACAAGAGUCUACAGGAGCUCUAUCUUGCUUGGAACUGUAUUGUAGAACAUGGGGCUAAGGCACUGGCAGACGCUCUCUGCGAGAACACAACACUGACAACCCUGGACAUGGGGGCCAACGGGAUCGGGAAGGAGGGAGCGUCGCACAUCGCGCGUGCCCUGACGCAAAACACAACUCUCAAGGUGCUGCACCUGCACGGCAACGUGCUGAAGGAGGAAGGGCCGAAGCAGAUCGCCAAGGCGCUCCAGACCAACAAAUUCUUGGAGUUCCUCGACCUCGAUGGGAACGAGAUAGGAGUGAACAACAUCAAGGAGCUGGCAGAGUCCGUCAAGAUCAACUGCUCGCUCCAGACCCUGAAGCUUGCAAGGAACAAAAUCAACGACAUUGGGGCAUGGGAGCUAGCAGAGGCGCUGAAAAUCAACCGCUCGCUCACGAAGCUGGACCUGACGAGGAACAACGUGGAAGAGACAGGGGCGACCGGGCUCAACGAUUGCUUGCACAUCAACAACACUCUGAGGGAGCUCCAUCUGUCUUACAACAAGAUUAAGGAGACCGGUGCCAUGUCCAUUGCACAGGCCAUCAAUGUAAAUACGACACUCCACACUCUCCUAAUUGCAGACAACGACAUCCCGGAUGCCGGGGCCAUGAAGAUCGCAGAGGCGCUCGCGGCCAACAGCACUAUCCACACCCUGGACCUGCUGGGCAACACAAUAUCCAAGAAGGUGGAGGAGCUGCUGGACCAGAUCAUGAGGAACACCAGCGCUUACGUCACCAUCCCCACGGAGUUCCAGGUCGCCCUGUGCAUGGGGUUGCAUCCCAGGUUAGGAGCCGACCCCGACUGCUGCAUCCGGAUACUUGACGAGUCACUGGUGAUGAUGGUGAUUGAAUGCUCGACGGUGGCCGCUCCUAGGAACUUCCAGUUCUGAAGGCCCCGGCGGUCGGAGCCCGCAUCCCGGACCCCGGACAAUUCACAUCCGGGUCAUACUAUGAUAGUCUGCAACAUUCCAUGGGGACUCAGGCCGAGUUGGCGUAGACGGCGGUUGGAUAUACGGUUAUGUAGUAUGAUUAAUACAUGAUGAUCAUCAUUUUGUUG